GCCGCCGCCACUGUCAGAAAAUCGUGAGCGCCGGGCAGAAUGAGCCCUCGCUCCUGCCGACAGCCAUGGACGAACGCACGCUCGUAAUUCGCAUAAAGACGCCGGAUGGAAACGACGUCGAUUGGAGCGUCGACCCCAUUCCGCAGCUCUAUUUCAGAGACGUGCUGGAUGUCAUCAGUCAAGUCCUCCCUGAGGCCACGACCACAGCCUUUGAAUACGAGGAUGAGGAUGGCGAUAGAAUCACCGUUCGGAGCGACGACGAAAUGAAAGCCAUGCUGGCCUAUUACCUGGGCACGAUGCAUGACAUGCAGAUGUCCGGGGAAAUGGUGGAGCCUUUGAACAUCUACCCGAGGGCUUGCAAGCCACCAGGGAAGCGAAACAUACACGGCCUGAAGGUAAACACGCGCGCCGGGCCAGGGAGCGGGGCCACCGCCUCCACCGCCAGCGCGAGCGACAGCGGUGGCGGCAGUAGCGGCCUCCCCACCAACAGUUUAAAGAAGCCCUCGGCAGAGCUAAAUAAGAUCCUGGCCAACGAGCAGAUCAGUGAGCAGGACAUCGAAUACCAGGACAUGCUUGGCCAUGGAAACGGAGGAACCGUCUACAAAGCCAAUCACCUCCCGAGCGGGAAGAUCAUGGCAAUAAAGGUGAUUCCGUUGGACGUGACGCCAGAGGUCCAAAGGCAGAUCAUGUCAGAGCUGGACAUUCUUUACAAGUGCGAUUCUUCUUACAUCAUAGCCUUCUACGGUGCAUUUUUUGUUGAAAACAGAAUAUCCAUCGCGACGGAAUUCAUGGACGGGGGCUCCCUGGACGUGUACGGCAUGGUCCCUGAGCACGUCCUUGGCCGCAUCGCAGUGGCGGUGGUGAAGGGGCUGACGUAUCUGUGGAGCUUGAAGAUUCUACACCGCGACGUCAAGCCCUCGAACAUCCUGGUGAACACGCGAGGGCAGGUGAAGCUGUGCGACUUCGGCGUGAGCACCCAGUUGGUCAAUUCAAUCGCCAAGACGUACGUCGGAACCAAUGCUUACAUGGCGCCCGAGAGAAUUGCCGGGGAGCAGUACGGCAUCCACUCGGACGUGUGGAGCCUCGGGAUCUCGUUCAUGGAGCUGGCUCUUGGGAGAUUCCCGUACCCGCAGAUCCAGAAGAAUCAGGGUUCAUUAAUGCCGUUGCAGCUGCUGCAAUGCAUUGUGGUUGAGAACCCUCCCACGCUACCGGCGGGACAGUUCUGCGCCCCCUUCGAGCACUUCAUCACGCAGUGCAUGAGGAAGUUGCCAACCGAGAGGCCGGCACCAGAGGAUCUCAUGGUUCACCAGUUCAUCAAGCAGUUCGACGAUGGCAACACGGAGGUGGUGUCCAUGUGGGUGUGUCGCAGCCUGGAAGAGAGGAGGGCCAACGCCCCCGUCUGACCCCGUGACCUCUUCACUGGCUCGCUGAGUGCGUGGACGGCGGUGCUCGAACGACGCGAGCAGGACAAGGAGGUUUCGUCGUUUUGAGACUCUUGAGUGAAGGACUCUGCUAUAAGCUCCCUCGCACGCACGCACGAACGCACACACACGCACGCAGGACUAUCGAUACACACGCAGAAAUAUACAGCAAAGGCCGCCGUUCGCCGCUUAAGUGUUGGUGGCGUCACCGCAGCACUUGGGUGACCACCCGGAGGCGUCGAAGGCUCGCUGGCAGUAGGGCUCGCGUCGGACCCAUUGCGUGUUGCGGUUAACCAACUGGGAUGAAAAUAUGUGCACGUACGUGUGUGCAUGCAGCAGACAUGCGCUCAUAUGCAUGCGCACACACACUUGGAUGUCGCGCACACUGACACAUGCACACAUAUACACAGACACACGAGGACGUUCUGUCCACGCACAAAGAAGUUUAGCACAACAGAGCCUUGACCCCGUGACCUAAAAAAAACUUAAACUAUUUUUAUUUUACAAGGUAAGGCCCACUGAGCUAUUAUAGCUCCUUUUCAAAAGUGACCUGGUCACAGUUCAUAGCUUAUCACGUGCACAUUCAUAGCAGCCAAAUUGCUCUAUAAACUCACGUUGAUUCCAAAUGUGAAGGGAGAAAAAGCGGAGGAUCCGGAGAAAAGUCCACACGACCACGGGGAGAACAUGCCAACUUCAAAUUAAGAGCAGGCGUCAGGGUCGGGGAUCGAACCCACGACCUCCUGCACACCAGGCGAGGGAGUUAACAUCUCGCAGGCGAGGGAGUUAACAUCUCGCCGGCGAGAUCACGUGACCAGUAGCAUGCGGCUGGACUCGGUUGCACCACAACAUUUGGCGCCAAUUUGAAAAAAAAUGCACUCUACUCGAGAGUGUUGACAUUGGACAUGCCCUUUGGUUCUUUCGGUAAAGUCACGUAGGUAGAAAAAUAAAAUAAAUACAAAUAUUAUUUUAAAUAAAAAUCAUUUUAUUUUUCUACCUACGUGACUUUGCCGAAAGAACCAAAGAGCAUGGAUUCCUGCAGUCACGAAAGCUUAAAAUCAAGAUAUGACAUGCCCUUUGGACAUUCUAUGGAAUUGUACAGAAAACUUGCAAAGGUCUACAAGAAUAAUGACAUAUACACAAAUUGAUAUAUUAAUAGAACACAGAACGCUGUUCCGUGAGUGGAAAUGAGCACAAGUCCAUUAAGAUUUUGCUGCGUUGUGCUAAUUACAGUAGUCAUCUGUCACGUGUUUUCAUAAAUGCUGCGCAAUUGAAUUAGUGACAAUAGCGAGCCAGCAAUUAUUUACAAUUAUAGCCAUCGCCAUCAGCUGCGAUCCGUAGCAUUUGCAGUAUUUAUUUAGGAAUAUCAUAAGAGAACGCACGGGCAGUUAGUUGAAUAUGUUGGCCACCAACGCCAGCACGUGCUGGAUGAUUAUUUAAAUAAUUUGAAGGCAGCGCCCCUGUGCUGCCCGCGUGCCCAUUGGGUGUUUGUUCGCCACGUGACGGCAGUGCAAGCCCAUGUCGACAUUAAGUGUGUCCUGCUCACCUUGUGGCGUUGUUCUCAGGUGCGGCACUGGCAGUGAGACGUGGCCACACAGAAGGCUGCUUGCUGUCUCUGGUGUAGGCCAAUCAGUUUGAAGGACAAGGCAUCAUAUAUUACCAAAGCAUUACUUAAACUUGAUUUGAAGCUUUCGUGACUACAGGAAUUACUCUUUGGUUCUGUCGGUAAUUUAUUUUCGUUCUACGUGACUCGACCGAAAGGACCAAAGAGAGCAUGUUUUGUCACAUACUUUGAUCCGGGCAAAAAGGUCCCGUGGUGUUUCCUGUUCGCCUAAAGAUCGACGCAAUUUUACACGUUUCAGCGGCGUUAAAAGGCCAACUUCCACACACAACCACGCACACACACGCACGUGCGCGUACACAACAACAACAACCGCCAUUCGCCACCGAGCAGCGGUAACGUCACCACGGCGCUUGUGCCAGGCUAGGUGCACUUGGAGGCUCGCUGGCAGGUGCCGUGCACGCAAACACAAAUAGUUGACACCCAGCGCUCGACUGGAAGGGCUCGGCCACAAGUGGCAGCUUAUUUAUUGCGCGACAGGGUUUGCCGAGACGAUGCCGACCUAAGCUUUUUUGAAACUUUUUGUUCUCGGAAAUCGGGUCGUCGUCGUCGUCCUAAAGUGUGUACUCGAUCCAUCGGUUGUGUUUACGAGUUAACGACGAUUUGUUACGUUUCACGCUCGGGUGCAGUCCUGCGUGGAGGAGAGUGCGGUCGAGAGUUAUGAUCGCCACUGGCCUGCAUCAUCACUUUCAUCGCAAACUACCCUGGGCUCCCCCCCCCCCUCCCUCCCCGGGCAGUUUUCUUGACAAAUUUUCAGAGGGGGUUGGGAGGGGGGGGCACUUUCGCCGAUAAGACACCAUCAGUGUAAGGGCCGCCGAACACUAUAUGAAACUAUUUGGGUUUGACAGCACGAUGAUGAUGGGGGUGGAGGGGGGGGCGGUGUUUUCACAUGGUGUGUAUUGUCGGGGGGCACCGCACGUCUGUGGCCUUCACUCAAGGCCACGAGGGGCCGCCAGGGGCCUGCUAGGACCCGCGGGCCUUGCUACAAAGAACCCCGAGUAUGGAUUCCUGCAGCCACGAAAGCUUCAAAUCAACAAAGAACACUGGUCGAGGACGAGACAGACGCGUGCCAGGCGACGUGCUGGCUGCACCACCACCACCACAACCUCGUGCUCGCUAACACCACUUGCCCCAACAGUCUGUUCGAGGCUAUACGGUUGACCUUUGUUUUGCAAUGCGUGGACGAUUGUGCCUUAGGUGGUGUAGGGGUGUUCGAUUCCCGCUUAAGGCCAACACAAGGGCCGGGCAUCUGAAAUGAUGGACCUGUGCCCUCCCCUAGGUCGGCUUGACCAAAAUGUGCAAAUAUCAGCACUGGGGAGACAAAGGCAGCCAAGGCUGGUGCUGGUCACCCACCCCCUCGUGUGCAGUGGCCCGGCAAUUAUGGGUGCUCGCUCGCUGCGUUUUGCCCUCAAACAGCAUGUGGACGCUGCGUAGAGGAUCUUUGUGUGCGGGCAGAUUCGUGAUUCUGGUUUGUCUUAUCGGUUCGAAAACAGCACGCUUACCCGUGUUGAGUUCCAGGCCACGAUGCACAACUGCAGACAAUAUUGGCAUUUGAACCCAUUUUUUGGGGCAUCCUGUAGGUCGGCUCAGCCUAAAAUUACGGCCGAGCGUAACGGGUUGCUGAAUAUCGGCACUGGCACCAAAGAUAUGAAGAUAGCAGAGCGCGAGUUUGUGUGGUGCUGGCACUCACCACCCCCUCAAGUGACAACAUGCCAGCCUUGAAUAGGCGCUCGCUAACAGCACUUAUCCCUGACGGUCUAUGAGGCUAAAUUCAUGUGGGGGAGGGGGUAUUUUUCUCGACAGUGGAGUUUGCUAACCCAUUAUAAUUUUCAUUAGUUUACAUGUUAUGUUGUAGCUUGUGUUCAGUAUUAAACUUUUGUUAUAAAUGAA